AUGAGGCGCCUUGGGAUGGUUUUAAGACGAAGAAUUUUUCAGCUCAUUGCGGGAGCUUUAGUGCUUGUAUUUUAUGUCCAAUUUCAGCUUUUGUCCUACACAGAUAGAAGAUUAUUUCUUAAGAAGAUCAAGUUAGCGUUACCUUACUUCUCUGACAGUUCUACGACAGGUAAACUUGACAAACGUUGCUCGCAUUAUACAACAAAUGCAGCUUUACACGGCCUGACAUUGCUGUCAUGGAGAAGUACGUAUAUCACAGAUCUAAACUCUUUCAAAGACUAUCCAUUAUUUCCAAAACAUCCAGCUUCGGUACAAUUUAACAUGAAAGCUUCGCUACGUCUUCUACAGCCUGUCUCGACAGGAGGUUGGCUAUUCGGCUUGUUAUUCGUACCUGAAACGGGAGAUUAUCGUUUCGCGCUAUCCACAAGCGGGGAGGCUGAACUAAAGUUAAGCAAAACUUCAGAACCUGAAGGAACUCGAGUUAUAGCAAGCUUGGCCUUCUCAGAGAGACAACCUAAACCAGGAGAAUAUAGAAAAUACUCUGCACAAACGUCGGUGGCUGUGUUUCUUCGGAAAUGCAAGGCAUACUACGUGGAGGUAUUAUUCCAUACACACACCAAAUACAGUCAUAUUGAACUCGCAUGGGAAACGACAACAUCUUUAAAAUACGAAGUCAUCCCUGGUCGUUACCUCUCACCGUACAUAGGUCCACAGGAUUUCGCGCACAGCGGAGAAAACUUACUUAUUUUCGAAGAUAACAUUAAGAUGGGCUCGCUAUUUGGGUACGUCGCACGACAGAAACAUUCCAUUGAAAAUGAGAAUAUGGAUCAAUGGAGUAGACUCCCGUACAUGUUAUCAACUCAUGCUCGAAAUUUGCCAAAAUGCUCGGAGAAUUUCAAGGGUUAUGCGGCAAGUUCUAGGCAGGUGAUACCUAAAGUGAAUAGCAAGUCCACCGAGAAAUUUGUUUACGACUACACUGGGCGCUUGGUGAAAGGUAGUAAUGGGUAAGCAUUGCGAACAUUGACAUUUAGUUCUGUUAUUUUAUCAAGUUUACUGAAUAAGCCUGGUUCAAAUGAGGAUGAAAUCAUACGAUCUUGGCGGAAAGCUGUUUUUAUUAUUGCUUUCCCAUAAUCAUGUAUAUUUAAGUUAAGAAAACUUACUUGCAACAAUUAUUUUGUCAAUCUCAGAAAUGUCCCCUGUAACAAUUCUUGUUUGAUCGGGGUUUUAAUUUGUUUAGCUUUCAUAUAAAAAGAUCAGAUCACUUGUUUAAUUAAGGUUGUUUUCGUUGUGUAGGAGUGAAUCAUAAAAAUAUUUUUACCUCAGUUCGUCAUCUCACGUUCAAACGCGACAGGAUGAAUUCGGAAACGGAUUCAAAUUCUCCCGAUUUCCUCACGUGGGACGUUAGGACGUAUGAAACCAUCAGAAAUUGAGUACAGCUAUCCGUACGAAUUCCCGUGUGAACAAAAUAAUUGAACCGGGAAUGCUUUCCCAAGAAAUUCUUGAAUAUUUAUAGACCUUAAACUAAAAGUUUCCUUGCGUUAACUUUAGAGUCGCAAAAGUAUUCAACCUCCCUCCGGGUAAAAUUUUUCCUGUCAAUGGUUUUAAUAAUUACCUGAAAAUCAGCUUAACGGUGUUGUUUUCCUUUCUGUUUUCAUCAUGACUGUAGGAAUAUGCAAAUGCUAAAUUAACGUGCGUAUUCCAUUUGUGUGUAGAAAAUACACGUUCCGUGGAAUCCAUCACGCGGAGGAAAAGCGCCUGGGCGAGACAGGCACAAGAUAUCUCAUGAACAUAGAAUUUCAGGACAACAUUAUGGAAACAAGAAUCAGAGUUUCGGAAUACAUGUUUUAUGAAAACCAAAAAAGUAAUUUGUGUUUUGUUGAUGAUUUCAAAUGGAAACGAGACGCGAUGGUUACGAUCAUUGCUGUGAUCCCAAACAUGGAAACGUGGUCGCAUUAUUUUAUGGAUCAUUUAUCAGGUGUGAAGGGGAAAAUAAACUAAAUGAAUUAGAAUAGGAUGCAAUGGAAUAGAACGGAAUAGAAUAGGAUGCAAUGGAAUAGAAUGCAAUGGAAUAGAAUAGGAUGCAAUGGGAUAGAAUGAAUUAGAAUAGGAUACAAUGGAAUAUAAUGUUUUAGAAUAGGAUGCAAUGUGAAAGAAUGGCAUAGAAUAGGAUGCAAUAGAAUAUAAUGGAAUAGAACUGGAUAGAAAAGAAUGAAUUGACAUAGAAUGGAAUAAUAUGGGAUAGAAUGGAAUGGAAAAGAGUUAAAUAGAAUAGAAUCGAACAUAAUGAAGUGGAAUAGUAUGGAAUCGACCAGUCACGUUGGUGCCAGUGUAGGUAAGGACGAUAGCACUAGACAGUUUGGGUGUGAAGGACAUACAACCACCUGAAAAAAAUAUAAGAAGAACCUCGACGUUUAGAGCAGUCCGUGCCAGUGUAGGUAGAAACGAAACAGACAGCUGAGAUGUGAAAGUAUGGAUUUAGUAUAAAGCUUGGAAUGAAACAGAAUAGAAAAGAACAAAAUAGGACGGAAUAGAAUAUUGAAGCUUUGUUUAUACAUAGGAAUUAGAGUACCUGACAAACUUCUUCAUUAUGUUACAGCUAUGACAAGCAAACUUCAAGACGCAAGAUUCAGCGUGAUUAUAGCAGCAUCACAGGGUCUCAAGCAGUAUUUUCAAACUAUAGUAACAGAGAACACGCUUGCCUGGCAUUCACAUGUCACGCUACUGCUCAUGAAUGCAAAAGAAAUACAAAAUAUGGAAGUUAUAAUGAAGGCAUGUCUUGCACGAAUUACUGUACCUAACACGAUAAUCUUCUUCACGGACAUUCGAGUGCAAUUACCGUUGCAAGUCUUGGAACAUGUUAGAAAG